UCACCAGAGCAGAGGGGCAGAAUCCCCUCCCUUGUCCUGCUGCCCACAGUGCUGGUGAUGCAGCCCAGGAUAUGACUGGCUUUCUGAGCUGUAGAUGCACACUGCUGGCUCAUGUCCAGCCUCUCAUCCACCAGUACCCCAAAGUCUUCUGCAGGGCUGCUAUUAACCCCUUUAUCCCUCAGUCUGUUUUGAUAUUGAGGUUGCUCAGACUCAGGUGCACUUGGCCUUGUUGAACUCCAUGACGUUCAUGAGCUUCAUAAAGAUCUCUCUGUUGUUCCUUGGAAGCGUGUUGGUACACAGAGAUAGUGCUGUGCCUGUGCAGUGAAGGGGGCCAGCUGUGCUCUCUGAGGUGUAUGAGCAAGUAGCCAGCAGUUUGAGGGAGACAGUUAUUCCCCUCUGGCCCCACUUGUGAGACUUGUCUGGAGUACUGAGUCCAGCCCUGGGCUCCCCUGGACAAUAGACCAACAGGUGUUUUGGAGCAGGAUCACCAUGCUGGUCUGGGGCAGGAGGGUGGGAUGUGUGAGGAGAGGCUGAGAGAGCUGGAUGUGUCUUCAGCCUUAGGAGUAGGAGACAAUCAUGUAUCACUGUUUGCAGGUAGGGGUAGAGAAGAUGGAGCCAGACUCAUCAUGGAAGUUCAUAAGGAAAGGGCAAGGGACACCUUUUUCACCAUAAUGAUGAUCAAACGUGGCAAUGGGCCCAGGGAGGUUGUGGACCAGUUCCUAGGCUCUGUUUAUUGGAGUAGAUGUUGCAUCUCCUGAGAUGCAAGCAGAGAAUCUCUCUUUGCUCAUCAGGUCUCUGUGCACAAGCUCAAGCUUCAUAAGGGAGUAUUCUGUGUUCUGCUGAGUGCUGACUGUCCCAAAUGCCUGUUCCUUGUGCAGGGGUAUAGAAACAAGCAGAUAGGUCUGCACAUGACCAUGAACCACACACUGCAUUUGUGUCUACACAAAACCAUACAGGCAGGGGCACACAGGGGUAUAUUUGGGUUUGCUGUGCUGAAGAGAAGCCUGCAGGCUUCCAGUUCUGCAGGUCUCCUCACAUGAGAGGUUUCUGAGCGUAGAGUUGAUGUACUGGCUGCCAGGUGCUGAUGUGUUGUUAGAUUGUUCCUCAUGUCUACUUUAAAAAAACACUUAUCUGUGUUUUUUGUCUCCUCACAGCUUGAAAGUUAAACUAUACUGCUCACCAGUAACUAAGGAAUUGUUGUUGACUAACUGGAAAUACAAGUUUUGGGAGAAUCAUAUUGUGAGUUUGUGUUUAUUUUGAAAUUAGCACUUUCCAAGAAGUGAUUCUCAGAAAGAAGCAGCUUUGCCCUCCUCAGAAGUGUCUAAAUAUUGGUGUUGAUACAGUAUUUCAGGCCUUAAGUACUUCCAACAAUGUGCUUUCUGCAGCUUGCUAUGUGGGACUGGUUUAUUGCUGUUCGUUGUUUAAUUAUUUUUCCCUCCACAAAAUUUUUCCUUUUCUCUCAACUUCAGCUUUACAUGGCCUUCAUCUUUACAGUGAUCAUUUGCACAUUUGAAUUUGUAUUCAUUUCCUUACCUUGCUCACAUCUCUUUGCUGCUGUCCUUAAUUUCUCUUUUGCUUCAUUUAAAGUCUCUCAUUGCUUGGAGUGUAUAUAUCUGAAGUUAUAUGAUUUUCCUUUUGAUUUUUGGAAAAUGGACUAUAACAUGAAGAAGUUUUAGUAUAAAGUCACUGAAGAACUUAAAUGUACAUGAUAGUGUUUGGAGCCAAACUGCAGGGGAUCAGUGUUAUGUACAGGUGUGAGCUUGUAAUUAUUUCCUUCCCUUUGCAGAUGCAGGCAUUAUGAAAUUGAACAUGAGUUUUUUUAUAGAAGUAAAAUUAAUUCUCUCUGCACAAACACAGGAAUAUGUGCUCCCAGUGAUUUGUGGGCUCUGCUUCUGGUAAUAGGGGGCAGUGGGAAGUGCUGCGGCACAGAGCUGUCCUUGCAAGAUCCACUGCUGUGCUGUGGAUGUUUUGGGCUUUGCAGUCAUCCAAAAAUCAGGCGUGUGAUCCAUCCAGAGGAACAAGAGCUGUUGCUGAUGGAAGUCCAACAUGCUCUAACUUAUUUAGGUUGCAUUGGAAGUUGAAACUCCAACUCAGAUUUCUUUAGAAGAUGAAACAUCUGGUGAGAAAGAAGAUGUAGUGGUGACACUUCUGCCAGCUGGUCACUGUCCAGGUUCAGUCAUGUUUCUGUUUGAAGGUGAGAAUGGCACUGUGUUGUACACAGGGGAUUUCAGGCUUGCAAAAGGAGAAGCAGCCAGAAUGGAGCUUUUGCAUUCAGGGACCAGAAUAAAAGACAUCCAGAGUGUGUAUUUGGACACUACUUUUUGUGAUCCCAAAUUUUAUCACAUACCAAGCCGGGAGGAAUGUUUAAAUGGGAUCUUGGAGUUAGUGCGAAGCUGGACCUCGCUGUCUCGUAAUCAUGUUGUGUGGCUGAACUGCAAAGCUGCUUAUGGAUAUGAGUAUUUAUUCAUAAACCUCAGUGAGGAACUUGGAAUCCAGGUGCACAUGAACAAACUUGAUAUGUUCAGGAACAUGCCAGAAAUCCUGUGCCACGUUACCACAGACCGACACACGCAGAUUCACGCCUGCCGACAUCCUCGGGAUGAUGACUGCUUUCGAGGCAACAGACUGCCGUGUGGGAUGACUUGCCACAAUGGAACUCCCCUGCACAUAAUCAGCAUCAAACCCUCCACGAUGUGGUUCGGGGAAAGGAAAAAGAAAACCAGUGUAAUAGUGAGGACUGGUGAGAGAACAUACAGAGCUUGUUUCUCUUUCCACUCUUCAUACAGCGAGAUCAAGGAUUUCCUGAGCUAUAUCUCUCCUGUGAAUGUGUAUCCCAAUGUACUGCCACUGGGUGCAACAGAGGACAAAGUUAUGGAAAUAUUAAAGCCACUAUGCAGGUCAUACAGGAGAAACAUGGAACCCAGGUACAAGCCCUUAGGAACACUGAAGAGAGCCCACAAGAGAGAAUUAUCUGAUACAGAUGAAGAUGAUCUCUUUGAUUCAGAAUUAAUUUCUACAAGGCCUAAGAUUCCAAAACAGCAGAGAGGAGAGAGCAGGCCCUCCAGUACAGGGCAGUCUGAAAAUGCUGAAGGAAACAUUAAUGAGGGCACAGAAAGUUAUAAAGGGACCACAGCUUACACCUCCCUCAAGGUAGACUUUGUGGACUGUGAGGAAUCAAAUGAUGAUGAUAAUGAUGAUGAAGAUGACGAAGAAGAAUCUGAAAAAAAUACAGUUCAAUUUCAUUCCCAUGAGCCAGAUGCCACUUCCACAGCCAAUUUCAAUGGAGUAACUAGUGACCAGCAGGAGUCUAAUGCCAAUGUCCCUUGCUGGGAUGAAUUUUUUACGGGUAAUAAACUAGAAGAAAGUUCUGAAAAUGAGGACAACGUGCCAUCUUCAGCAGAUGCUGGCGGGUCCCAGUCACUCUUCAGCGAUUCAGAUGGAGUAAGUGACUCAACACACAUCUCCUCCCAAAAUUCUUCUCAGUCAACACACAUAUCAGAGCAGGGGAGCCAGGGCUGGGAUAGCCAAAUGGACACAGUGCUCAUCACAUCCCAGGAGAGAAGUGCCCUGGACAUGAGCAAAGGGGGGAGCAGAGCAGUAGUUCCUGUGCUGCAGGAGACUCCCACGGACACUCAGCUGGACAGUGGCAGGGGGAAGCCACCAGGUCAGAACAGACCUUGUGCCCACUAUGGUGCCUGUGCCUUGAAAAGCAAAGGCUGUGAGAAAGCUGCAGAGGCUGGUGCUGCCCAUGUUCAGGAUGUGCUGGUGGAAUUAAGUGACAGCUCCAGGACUCCUGAUCUGGUGCUGAGGAGGGACUCCCAGAGCUCCUCUGACUUUGAAAUUCCCUUAACUCCUGAUGCUGAAGCACCUCAGCCAGAUAAACUGCACCAUUUAUACAAGAAGCUUGCAGCAGGUGAAAACAUUAUCAAUGAGAAAAAAGUCUCCUGAGAACUCAUAUAACUGAUUACCUCGUGGUAAUACCCAGCAUGUUUACUAAUACCUGAACUCUUUUUCUCUUCGUGCUGCUUACUCUCUGCAGCUAUGCUGAGUCAUGUUUUUUUCAGAAAUAUCUUACUGUCAGAACUAGGAAUCUGCAGCCUGUGUAACUUUAUUGUUCCUUCCAUGAAAUACUGAAAAGGAAGUAUUCCCAGGAGGGACUGUAAAAGCCUUCUACCUCUCAAGGUUCAAUUCUCCAGGACUGUAAGCAGACAAAAAAUGGACCAGACAAAACUAAGGGUAGAACACUAAAUGAAAUUUAGUGUUUAACAUGAGCUCUAGGAGUUUGCCUUUUAAUGUGAUCUCAGGGUUUAAUAAAAUACACAUUGUUAACUGUGGGGAAGAACACCUAAGAAUAACCAUGCAAACAAGGCAGUUGUAAUAUGGCUUUAAUCACUAUUAGUAUUUAUCAUUAUUAUAACAAUUUAAUGAGUAUUCACUGCAGUUCAUUUUAAAAACAACUGCAAAACAGAUUAGAGAAUUACUGAGGUUGUGAGGAGGUUUAAUUUGUUUUAAAUCAAAUUGUUCAUUUCAAAAAGUCUCUCUUUACACUGAGCUUUAACUCCUGAGUAAGGUACUGCAGACCACUGUCUGUGCUUCAUCUCCAACUCACUGCAAACAACUUGUCAUCAGUUCCUCUGUGUUCUGGUUUGUUCUGAAUGGUUCUUCAAAAAAACUUAAAAAUAAAAUCCUGUAGUUCCCAAGUUACCAGCCCUGUCCUGCUCUGGCAGGUAACUCAGCCACAGAAGGUAACCUGGUAUCCCAGACAGGUGCUUGCAUUACUUAAGGCUCUUGUACUACAAAACUUCACCUCCUCUGCAACAUUCUGUAGGCUUCACGAUUUUAAAUCAAGACAAUAUAUUCUCCAUGCACGUGUGCCAUCCUAAAUCUCUGCCAAAAUUCUUAGCUUCUAACACAGAAAUGUAAUUCAGGUUUUUCUUAAACUGGAGUGCCUAGGAAAUAUCCAAACCACAGAAGUCAUCUAAAAAUCCCUGAGGUUUUCCAAGUCCCAAAGAAUUAAACAUACUUUAGCACAACACCUCUUCCCUCUGAGUGUGCCUUCAGUUGUUGUGCCAUGUUUAGUGACAUGUGAAUGUUAAACCAACCAGCAUUCUGCCACGGGGAACAGAGGCAGGAGGGACAAAGCAUUGCCAUAAUCUAUGUAUGAUUUUAAGGAUAUUCAACAUCCAGGUAUUUCUCCACUGUUACCUCCUGCUGUUUGUGGGAUUUGUUAACCUGAUUUCCAAAUGUGAUCUACCAACUUUCAGCAAGCUUGAGUGGAACUGCUGUUGGAACUACCUCUGUGAAUAAAGUCAGAAAGAGCAGAA